GUUUGCCAUGCGUUUUGGUUGUCCUCCUCCUUCGCAUUAACCUUUUUUCAUUGAUUGAUUGUUUCUCCAGAGAUUCACCCUGCCGCGAGAAAAGAAAGGAGUAAAUGGCUGACGGUGAGGACAUUGAACCCCUUGUCUGCGACAAUGGCACUGGAAUGGUUAAGGCUGGUUUUGCUGGGGAUGAUGCACCGAGAGCUGUGUUUCCAAGUAUCGUAGGCCGUCCUCGUCACACCGGAGUCAUGGUUGGGAUGGGGCAGAAGGAUGCAUACGUUGGUGAUGAAGCUCAGUCCAAGCGUGGUAUUCUAACUCUCAAGUAUCCAAUUGAGCAUGGUAUUGUCAACAACUGGGAUGACAUGGAGAAAAUCUGGCAUCACACUUUCUACAAUGAGCUCCGUGUUGCUCCUGAGGAGCAUCCCAUUCUCCUUACUGAAGCUCCUCUCAACCCUAAAGCUAACCGUGAGAAGAUGAAUCAGAUCAUGUUCGAAACUUUCAACGCUCCCGCCAUGUAUGUUGCCAUUCAAGCUGUCCUCUCUCUUUACGCUAGCGGUCGUACUACUGGUAUUGUGCUUGACUCUGGAGAUGGUGCGAGUCACACGGUACCUAUCUACGAGGGUUACGCUCUUCCACAUGCUAUCCUGCGUCUCGAUCUUGCAGGUCAUGACCUCACAGACGCUCUGAUGAAGAUCCUCACUGAGCGUGGCUACUCCUUCACCACAACAGCUGAGCGUGAAAUCGUCAGAGACAUCAAGGAGAAGCUCUGCUACAUUGCUCUCGACUACGAGCAGGAGCUUGAGACCUCUAAAACCAGCUCUUCCGUGGAGAAGAACUACGAGUUACCCGAUGGACAAGUGAUCACCAUUGGAUCUGAGCGGUUCCGUUGCCCAGAGGUUCUUUACCAGCCAUCUAUGAUUGGUAUGGAGAAUGCUGGAAUCCAUGAAACCACAUACAACUCCAUAAUGAAAUGUGAUGUUGACAUCAGAAAGGACUUGUAUGGUCACAUUGUGCUCAGUGGUGGGACGACUAUGUUUCCCGGGAUUGCUGAUAGAAUGAGCAAAGAGAUCACUGCUUUGGCACCGAGCAGCAUGAAGAUCAAAGUAGUUGCACCGCCUGGAGAAUACUCUGUCUGGAUUGGAGGAUCUAUCUUGGCCUCUCUCAGUACCUUCCAGCAGAUGUGGAUUGCAAAGGCUGAAUAUGAUGAGUCAGGCCCAUCGAUUGUCCACCGGAAAUGCUUUUGAGUUUGAUUUGAAGUUAAGUCUACUUCUGGAGAAG